CGUUGUUUUUUUUUUAGAUUAAUGUGAAAAGUGCGCGCCGUUGAAACGAAAUUAUCGAGUUAAGGAAUUUUGUCAUGGAAAACUUCUUGCUAAUGGAAAAAAUGCGAAAAAUAAGAGGUUAAAAACGAUGUAGUUAGCAAAUUGUCGACAAAUCAGAAAAAAAGAGAAAUAAAGAAAAAACCAAAAAAAAAAUAUUUUCUCGGUUGAUUUCGGUGUCAGAUAUUUUGUAUCGAAAGUACGAAUGUGCGGUAGUGAGAUUCUGUGCAGCGUCUCCUCGGUAUAAUAACAUAAAUUAUCAUCAAAAUGGAUACAAUUGUGGUAACGGUGCUGUUGGCAAUUGCGAUACAUGGAACACAAGGUUUACAAAUACCAAGAAUAACAGAGCACCCAAUUGAUACGACUGUACCACGACAUGAUCCAGUUACAUUGAAUUGCAAAGCGGAAGGUGCUCCGAUACCAAUCAUUCGAUGGUUUAAGGACGGCAAUCCGGUUAAUAUAGCACCCGGUUCACAUCGUGUUCUACUCCCAUCCGGCGCGCUAUUUUUCCUAAAGGUGGUACAUUCGCGUCGGGACAGUGAUGCUGGGAUAUACCAUUGUAUUGCUGAGAACGACUGGGGAAUUGCACGAAGCAGAAAUGCUACACUACAAGUAGCAGUGCUUCGUGAUGAAUUUCGAUUAGAACCACAAAAUACUCGUGUGGCUUUAGGUGAUGUGGCAUUGCUCGAAUGCGCUGGGCCCAGGGGCAUACCAGAACCCCAAAUUUUUUGGAAAAAAAAUCAACAAAAACUUGAAAUCGAACAUUCGAAACGUAUUCGCAUCGUUGACGGUGGAAAUUUAGCCAUUCAAGAUGCCCGCCAAUCAGACCAAGGUGAAUACCAGUGCGUUGCGCGAAACGUCGUCGGUGUACGUGAAUCAAAAGUCAUUACACUCAACGUUCACGUAAAACCAUUCAUUAUUCGAGGACCCAUUGAUCAAACGGUUGUUGAAGGAUCAUCGGUUACAUUUCAGUGCCAUGUGGGUGGAGAACCAAUUCCUGAUAUUUUAUGGCGACGAACAGCAGCAGCUGGUAACAUGCCAUUGGAUCGUGUGCAUGUUUUAGAGGACAGAAGUUUGGUAUUAGAAAAUGUUAACUUGAGUGACGAAGGUGAAUACCAGUGCGAAGCCGAAAAUGUUGUCGGUUCCAUUUCAGCUGUUGGAUCUCUCAUCAUCCAAUCGGCACCAAAAUUUGUCAUCCGUCCAACCGCACAAAUGGUGGAUGCUCAAGGCGAUGCAUCGUUUGAAUGUAAAGCCAAAGGUUUUCCACCGCCCACCAUUUUCUGGUCAAUUGAAGGAAAUCGUUCGAUUAUAUUUCCGGGCAUGUCGAUGGGCACACUCAAUGCAUCGUCAUCGAUUGAAGGGCUUUCGGUAUUGACCAUAAGCCAAGCUAAGCGCUCUGAGAGCGGAUUAGUGGUAAUUUGUAAUGCAUUGAAUGCCGUUGGUUCGAUAAGUGCACGUGCAAAACUAUCGAUAAGUUCACAAGAUGAUCGUCCACCGCCGAUUAUAAUUCGAGGACCGGUAAAUCAAACGCUACCUGUUAAAUCGGUUGCACGUUUGGAAUGCGUUGCGAUAGGCGUUCCGACGCCAAUUAUCUCCUGGUAUCGUGAUGGCAUACCAUUAGUUGCAUCGAAUCGUAUUAAUUUAACGGAAUCGGGUGUAUUAACUGUGUCUGAUUUGCACAAAGACACUGACCAAGGUCUAUACACUUGCGUCGCCUCAUCACGAAGUGGUAAAUCGACAUGGAGUGGAUAUUUGCGACUUGAAACACCGACAAAUCCGAAUAUAAAAUUCUUCCGUGCUCCAGAACCAGAAAAAAUCCCCGGCCCACCAUCAAAACCAGAUGUUGUAAAUGUAACCGAUGACAGUAUAACAAUCACUUGGAUGCCAGGCUCAAAAACUGGUGCGGCCGACAUUGUCGGCUAUUCGGUUGAAAUAUUCUCAAAUAAUAUGAGCAAAGGUUGGAUACCAGUAGCUUCAAAAAUUCCAGAAACAAUUUAUAUGCAACGCGAUUUAACGCGCGGUGCCACUUACAUUUUUGUUGUUCGUGCUGAAAAUAUGUUUGGCAUUUCACCGCCAAGUUCAAUGUCCGAUCCGGUUACAACAGGAAAACCAAUUAUUUAUGACGAAGAUCUAAUACUGACGGAAGCGCAAGCGAUUUUAUCAACUGGCGAUGUUGUUGAAUUGCUCGAAGCAAAUGCCACCGAUGCGUCAAGUGUUCGAUUGGUGUGGGAAAUUUUAAAUGCACAAUAUGUUGAAGGAUUUUACAUUUAUUCGCGAAAAAUCGAUCGAAAUGAUCAAUAUAAAAUGUUGACGGUGUUACAUGGUGGUGGCGCAUCAUCGUGCUUGAUUGAAGGCUUAGAUGCGUAUGCCGAUUACGAAUUCUUUUUGGUGCCAUUCUAUAAAACUGUCAAAGGACGUCCAUCGAAUUCGAAAAUCACACGAACGCUCGAAGAUAUACCGACGGAACCACCAAUUGAUAUGGAAGCCUCACUAUUGAAUGCAACGGCCAUCUUUUUGAAAUGGCAACCACCGCCCGAGGAUAGUAUUAAUGGUGUUUUACUGUACUAUCAAAUAAUCAUUCGCGGUUUUGAUGCUGGCAACGUAUCGAAAAUUCUUGCAAAUAUGUCUGUCGAAGCAACGUCACCGAGUUUGAUGCUGGCAAAUCUAACAACUGGCGUUACAUAUUCAGUUUCGAUAGCAGCAGCCACUCGCAUCGGAAUCGGUGUCUAUAGCAAACCAGCAGUUUUGCGAUUAGAUCCACAUACCAAUAAAUUAGAUCAGGAAUACACACGGCAUCCAAUAAAUCACAACUUGGCCGACGAUAUUCUAACACAAACCUGGUUCAUCGUAAUGCUCGGCUCGAUUAUAGCCAUUAUUAUAUUUUCAUUCGUGGCAAUGGUGCUUAUCAAACGAAUCCAAUUCAUCAAACAAACGUCGCUAACAAAUAUUCACGGAAAUCACGCAAUCGGAACGGUGAGGAAAUUCCCGACAUUGCCAUUGAAUUCGAAUGGCGUUUGGAUCGAUCCAGCCGGAGGUGUAUGGCGUCAAGCUGCAGCUGUUACAAAGGAUGGUAUUGCCGAUUACGCACAAGUUUCGUCGACUGCACCAACACUUCCACUUCCAGACUAUGAACGUUUGUCACCGUUAAAUAUGCCCGAUUAUGCUGAAGUGGCUGGAUGUUCAACAUUUAAAAAUACACAAUCACCACUGUACGACAGUUUUGGAGCGUAUGCAACAACAAAUCUAGUCCGCAAUGUGAACCUAUUCACAAGUCCACAUUAUCCAAAUGCGGGCAAAAACAAUAGCGUCUAUUCAGCAGCAAAUGUUUUCCAUUACAAUGCCAACAACGAACCAAAUGGUGGCGGCGGCGGCGGUGGUGGUGGUAGUAUUGGUAAUGGUGGAACUGGUGGUCGCAAUUUCAUGCAUUCGGACACACAUUUUGCAGCAAAUGGCAAAACCACAACACCAAAAAUGAACAUCAUUGAAAAUAAAAUGGACGCCAUAAAUAAUUUAAACCGUUCAUCAUCGUCGGUAGCAGCAGCCACAGGAUCGCCGGCCAUCUCAUCAGUAGCAACUGACACAACAAUGGUCAGCAUCAAGAGCGUUCCCUCAACACCACUCAUUGGAACAAUGCGACGAAAUCGAUUGCCAAAAAGCGGUCAUUGUGAUAAAAUAAAUUUCGGCGGUUGUGACAAUGGUCGGGGUAUUGAGCAACCGUUAUUCAUAAAAUCGAAAGAAGACGGUAGUUGGACUUCGGUACAAAAUUCAGCAUAUCACCACUUUUCGACAUCAUCAAAUAUGUCGCUUGCAGCAUCAUCAUCGUUGACACAGCCAUCAGCCAAUGCUGCAGUUGCGACAAUGGCCAAUAAUUCUAGCACAAAUAAAUUUAAGUUAAACGCUAGCAAUAAUAGUAUAAAUAGCCCUAAUUUAAAUAAUAGCACCAAUAAUAUCAACAAUUUAACACCAUCGAAUCAAAUCCAUUUGAGCAGUUUCGGCCGAGCCGAUAAUGUGUAAAUAGAGUUGAAAAUGUGCUGAGAAAUGGAAGAGAAAAAAAAGAACCCAGCCGAAAUAGCAUUGACAAGAGAGAAAUUGGCAUGCAAAUUAUAUCGUUUAAUCCGUAAAUUUACAUAUAAAAUAAGUGACUAUAUUGAAAAGAGAUACAUACAAAGAUACAAAACAUGCUAACAUACAUGGGAAAAAGAAAGAAUGGCAACAACAGUUUUACUCUAAUACACACAUAUGAUGAUAUCAUUCAACAAUUUUCGUGCGCGCAAAUCGUAGCAAGUAAGUAUGUUAUAUAUAUAUUAUCCAUUUACGACGUAAAUAAUGUGUAUUUAUAAAUGUAUGAUAUUCCAUUUUGCCACAUACUAAAACGGCAUCAACGUCACAUUUUCGUAAAAUAUGCACUCACAAUCCCGAUUCGAAAUAUCGCAUGUAUCGACCGAAAUGCGUUGGAUGCUGCCAUAUAUUAACUGCCAUUAAGUAUUCAUGGAAAUCGAAAAGCGAUGCCAAGAUGACGACGACAAAAAAAAACAAUAAAAAUAGAUCAUUCGAAAUUAACUCCCAAUUUGAAGUUCGAAUCCCAUCGGAGAAUUUGCUUUCAUUGGCAAAAGACAAAAGAAAUUCCAUUGGAUCAUAUUUCAAUAGUUUUCUAUGCGAACGCUAACCACGUAAUUCUUCUCAUCGUUUAAUUUAUGAACGUCGUUCUCCUUUUUUUUUGCUUGUUCAUCCAAAACUUUUGAAUUAUAACCGAGAACCAUUCAUAGGAAACUUGUGCUUCUGAGAUAUUGGCGACAGCUUGCAAUCGAGUCAUACAACAACAAAUACCAAUUCUGAAGAACCGAAAAAAAUAGUUUUGAUAGAAAAUCGAAUGGAUGGAAAUGGCCAAAAACCAUACAAUGAAAAUUUAUGCACAUUGAAUCGUUGAAUGGAAAAUAGUUUUAUGAAUUUUCGAACGAAAGAUCGAAAUAUCUUUUUAAUUUUCACAAAUUGAGGGUUUUCAUCCCUUUUUCUCACUUCUUUUGUUUUGGUUUUUCGCUUUCAAUUCAUUUCAUUAAAUUUUGAAUAUAUUUGCAUUGAUUUUUUUUUCACAAACUUCAUCAUUCCACCCUCAAAAUUAAAUGCUUCUGUUGAGCUAGGAUUUCGAAUUUAAAGCGACUGAAGUUUUACACAUUUUAAUUUUCAUCCAUUCGCAUCGAAUGCUUGAAAUUCAUUUCAAGUCAUGGUAAAAUGAGUCGUUUUGUUAUUUAGCACCAAAAAAAACCAUGAUCCAAUCCAAUCAGAGAAAUUUCUCGUUAAUUUCACAAAUUGUUUGAAAGUAAAAAAAAAGUUUUUGCCAUGGAAUUGUUUAUCGCCGUUGGUCUUCAGCAAUAUUUCCGUCUCGCACAAAAAAAACCGUCCACCAAUUGAGUAGGCGACCGAAUUGAAUUAAUUGAAUUCAAUUUUCGAUUGCGGCUGUGGGUAUCGAUGGAUGGAAUGAAAGUGUUAUCGAUGGAAAAUUGUCGAUUCAUCAAUUAUUUUACAAUAAUUUUCAUAAUAUAUUCAUUGUGUCUGCUUGCAUAUGAUCGACUAUAGUCGCUUGUCUUUCCGCUCGAAAAAAUGGUAAUAUACGUGGUAUUGUUUACAUUUUUUUUUUUGGGGAAAAAAAUUCGUAGCCUCAAUUUCAAUGUACACAAAAUAUAAUAGCUUCCACUUGGUUCGGUGAAUGAAAAAAUCCGUAGAUAUUCACGCAUAAUUUUACACUCGAAAAUCCAACGAAGAAAUGUAUUCGCAAAAUCAAAGUAAAAUUAUAGAUAAUCACAACAAUUGAGCAGCACAUAUAACGCACGGACAUACACACGCGCCCCUAUUUUAUAUGUACAAUAUUCCCGUUCGUGUAAAGAUUUAACAAAUACUCAUGGCAUAAACGGCAUAAUUCCACUCUUUUAUAUUUUUGCUUCUAAAAAAUUUCAUUCACACACAGUCGUUUUCAUUGCAUUCAGCAUUUCGAAUACACAUGAAUCAAUUAUAAAGUAAAUAUACGUUUUCCAUCAAUACAUAUGUGCUUGUACUACGGUCGUUUGGUCGUUUUCCAUCCGAAACGAAAAAUAUAUUAUAAAAUUAUAAUAAAAGCGGGAUUUUGCACAAACAGCAAAUUGAAAUCAUUUACAAAUUAAUAAUUCAUCUGUGCAUAUCUGAUUGAGCGUAUGGUUAAAUUGUAUCUAUCUAUACCUCUAUCAACGUAUGCAAAACGGUGAAUUGUUCUUUCAUAUGGUGAAUGAAGUGAAAAAUAGGGAAUCACUGCUUGCGUUACUUGUUGGGGGGGGGGGACGCGAGAAAUGUAAAAAGCUUUGAAUUCUAGCCACCAUCAAACUCCGAACAGUUCGAAUCAAGUGUGUUGUCAUGAAUAAUUUGAAAGUUUUCCAAUCCAAAAUUGACCUCUGGCUUAAUUUAUGCCACGAUUUUGAUGGACUGCCGACAAUUAUUUUUCGGUCGAUAUUUGUGUGCGCCACAUUUUAAAAUUUUGCCAUUCAACAAUGAGUCUUUUGAACUCAUCUGGCGCACCAUGCAUUUUCGAUAUAUCGAACCGGGUGUUUUAGGCACAUCUGCCGAAAUAGAUAGAGUAUAUGUGCGUAAAGAUGUCAAACGCCGUAGAAAACAAAUUAGGAUAUUUAACGAUAGCGGGAUUAUCAAUCAUGAAUACGUCAACAUACGCAGCAUUAAAAAAAAAUAAGCGCAAUAUUUCCGUUUAUUAGCAUAAAAUUACGAAAAAAUCAUUGUCAUAAAUUAUCACAUUAAAACAUCAACAUUAAUUGAUUAAUAAUAUAUGAAAAAUCACAGAAACAUAGGCUAUAAUAUAUAAAACGAAAGAAGAGAAAUGAAUGGCAAGUGGAAAAAAACAAUAGAACACACACACGGCAUAUUUACACAUUACACAGAGCGUAAUGAUUGAUGUGAGUGCAAUGAAUAAUGAACAGAGCAUAAAUUGUGAACAAAAUAAAAACUGCAUGGCGCAAAUGAAUUGCGAUCGGUAAUAUAGCCAAUAAAAUAUAUUUAUAUAGGCAAUGCACAAUAUUCACACCACAUGUUGUUUAUGUUAUCAGUCACACAUACACAAAAGCAAAUGAAAAGUACGUUGCAUAACGUUUACAAAACUUAUUUGUAUAGAAAAACCCAGUAAUGGACAAAAAUGAAAUACGUAAAAUAUCAUUUCCGUACCAAAAAAUUAUAUUAAAUGAAUGUACCAUUAAAAUAACCUAGCUAAAAACUGUGAGCCUUACUUUUAACCCAUGCUAAAAUCAACCAAAUUUUCUUUUUCCCUCAAACCGAAACUGCCAAUCUAUUUUACAGACUGAAUAUACAUACACGCGCAUGAAACACGUGUACCAAAUGUAUUUAACUAUGUAUUUUAAUUGUUUAGCCGGAUGGAUUUUCAGAUGAAUCAUUUCCCAACCGCAAAUGAUGAAAAUCCUUUUUUUUUUCAUUUAAACAU